GGGAUCGGCGAGCCUCGUAGAAAGGAAGACGAAAAACAGAACGAUUCUGUUGUCAGUGGUGUGCGUGUGGUUCGCGAGGAUAGCUCGGUGAUAACAUACAUCAUAUGAUUGUGAUGGAGGGCGAAGAAGAUGAAUCUGGGUCUUGAAAAUGCUCUGGCAGCAUCCCUCAGUUUCAUAUUGUGUCUGUUGACAAGAGGGCCGAACUGUAACAACAAUUCAGAACAAAACGAAGAUAUAUCUAACUUUAUAUCGGUAAACAAUGACGACAAGUUGGUCGUAAAUCGGCCGACGUUCACUGUCUACUGGAACGUGCCGACCUUCCAGUGCCACACGCACGGGUUCAACUUCUCGUCCGUCUCGUCCUGGGGCAUCAAGCAAAACGUAAAAGACGAAUUCAGAGGCGAUGUCAUAUCGAUUCUCUACGAUCCGGGAGAGUAUCCGGCCCUCCUGGAAGCACCUUCGAACGGUAACGUGCCGAGGAACGGAGGCGUCCCUCAGGAAGGCUCACUCUCUCAGCACCUUUCGAUUUUAAAAUCACACCUCGAAAAGCUGAUUCCUCGAAACUUUGAAGGUCUAGGAGUUAUAGAUUUCGAACAUUGGAGAGCGAUAUGGCACCAGAAUUGGGGCAGUUUGAACGUGUACCGUGUAUACUCCAAGGCUAUUGAAAAAAGACGGCAUCCGUUUUGGUUUCCGAGUCUUGUCGAAAAAGAGGCCAUCUACAGAUUCGAACUCGCUGCCAAGAUGUUCCUCCUCCAGUCGCUCAAGUUCGCGAAGCAAAUGUACCCGAAGGCCAAAUGGGGCUACUACGGUUACCCGUUCUGCUUCAACUACUCGCCUCACAACUACAAAGAAACUUGUGCGGCACAGGUUCAACAAGACAACGACGGGAUGAUAUGGCUUUUUAACGAGACCACUGGCUAUUAUCCGUCGCUGUACUUGAAGGAAAGGGACAUGGGGACGAUAACAAGAAGAAAAUAUAUAAGAGGUCGUAUAGGGGAGUCGAUGCGGGUCGCCAAAGGCUCACCUGUUUACCCGUACAUCUGGUACAAAUACCACGACUCGAAACGUUUUCUCACUCAGGAAGAUAUGAUUGAUUCGAUCGGAGCGCCGAAGGAGAAAGGCUGCGAUGGCGUGGUUAUCUGGGGCUCCAGCAAAGACGUCAAUACACCCCAGAAGUGCAAGGACCUCGCCGACUACGUGGAUAACGUCCUCGGCCCGGCUGUGGCGCAAGUGAACUCGGCCCUUUACGAGGACGAAUACGAAUCAACGACACAGGUGACGACCGACGUCCCGACGACGGUAAUUCCGACGACCUCGGAAGACCCCACGACCACGGAGGAAAGCAGACAAGAAACGACGACGAUCGCGACGAUCACCUAUCUCCCCCAAGCAGAAGAACACGUACAGGAAGAAGAGGAAGAAGAGGAGGAGGAAGAAGAAGAAGAUGAAGAAAAGGAUGAAGAUGAGGAAAUAGAAGGACCUGAAGAAUACGAGUACGAAGAGAGAAAAAGAUUAAACAUCACUUCUUCCUUAUACAAAACAAACUUGAUCAACAAAAUCAGAAUCAACAGCAAAUUUAAAACUUACGUAAAUUAAAUAGAUAUUAAGCGUAUAGAUCAAUAUACCAAAGAUUAACAUAUAUGUAAAACAAUAAAUAAAUAAAUAUAUUUUUGCUUAUGUUAUGAUAUUUAGUACGUAUUUAUUCUUACGAAUUUAAAACUCUCAUGUUCAUUAGGCGCAUAAUGCUUUCUUUUAAAGCAUUAUAGCAAUGUAACUAUCGUCGACAAUUGGUAUAGUUCGAAUGUAUAACAGCUGAUAGACGUAAAUUUGACGUGAAGACUUCCUUGAAUCAACCAAUGAAAAAGCUAAUUAAUUAUUGCUAAGUUUGUUAUUUCAAUUAAAUUUUACAUUAUUUUUCUAUUCUAAAUAUGAUUAGAGCCAAUAAUAAUUUUAAAAAUAUUGUAAUUUAUUUAUUUAUUUAUUAGGACUACUAGGUGAUACUAUCAAAUAGGUACGAUAGUUUAAAGGUUAUAGAACUUAUAUGUAUUUUAACGGAGAAAGAAUUUUUUUUAAAUUCUAACCCCCAAUGAUCAAACCUAAAUUAUUAAUGUUGUAUACUUAUUUCAAAUAUGUUCAAUGCAAAAAUUAAUAUUUUUAUUUUAACCUAUAUACACAUAAAUUGUAAGCAAAAAAGAAAAACAACUAUAUUACACAUAUAAGUUCCUAUUUAAGACAUCUAUCGUUUAGUAAUAAUUAAUUUUUGACAUGCAAGAAACAUUUUUUAUAUUUAAAAAAUCCAAUCCGAUAAAAACAAUUUUUUAAUAUGUAUGUGAAUUUUGCAUUUAAUUAGAAUUUUAUUUAUGCUAUCUUAUAAAAUAUAUACAAGGUAAUAAUUAUUAACGUAGAUUCAGAAUAUUAAAAUUACUAACUAUAAAUCUAGAUUACCUUCCACCGUGCUUUUCUACUAUCGUUAGGUCAUCAUUGUACACUGGGGUUGUAAAAAUACAGAUUUAAGUUCCUACAUUAUUUGUGGACGAUUUUUUUAUUGUCUGGAACUUUAUAUUGAAAAUAUCACUUAUUAUUCUUAAAUCAAACGCUACCACAAAUUUUGUUAUACCAAGAUAAUCCAUUGUUAAAUAAAAGAACUGUUAAAAACAGUAAUAGCUGUUAUGUUUAUUGACGAAUUAGCAUUAAAUGCAAGAUGUACUUAAGGAAUUUUAAAUACAUAUUUAUUGAAUAC